CUCUUCAUCAACACUUUUUCCCUUUUUCUGGUACAGUAUUUUUUCCCCACACGACGACGCAACAUAUUUUUUUUCUUUGCCUGACUAUGUUUGUACAAUACUUUUCGCUCUUCGUUUUUCUUUUGCGAUGGCGAUCCCUUGUUAGCUUGUCGCUCUAUUCUGUCAGCUCCUGCUGGGGUGCUUGUGCUUCCACGUAUUUGCACACGCCCUAACAGCGCCAAGCCAGACGCCCGACCGGCAUCAACUACGUUGUUUUCUAGAAAAUGUUUCGGGUCGCCAGGCAGUUUUUUUGACUAGUCUCCGGCUAACCCUAUUACAGAAAUGAAUCCUGAUCCAAACCACAAGCACAACAGUGCCUCAAAUAUCACCCGUAUGGUUCCUAGGUUGAGCCAGGAGUGCAUGAUCUACUUGUAAGAACGCAUGUGAUACUUAUCUUCUGUAGAUGGUAUUCGCCUUCGAAAGCAGUAGUACAACUACUAGCGCAAGGAGGGCUGGUGCAGGCUAGCAGUGCUACUACUGCUUAACCCAGCACCUCCUGCACCUCCGUUUGCUUCGACCCAGCCACUUACCACAGCGGCCCUAGCAUGGGAAACGUGAACACCGGCAGCGGUAGUCAGGAGAAAGACCCCUCGAAGGGCGACACUGCACCACCGGAGCAGGGCGAACCUGGAUGGUGUUUGAUCCAGCCGAUCCGCGUGUACUCACCGACUGCACAAUCGAAUGCAGCUGCGAGAACAUCAAAGUCAAAGGACCACAACAGGAAGGAACUGUCGGCGUGUAGUAGGGGCCCCUUGCAGAAACUUAGCAGUGUCGUGCUUGGCGGUGGAGCGCUGGCAGAAGAUGUUAAUUCUGCCCAACCAGCUGAGAAAAUUAUAGACGACAAUGAAACUGACUACGACGAGGAAGAUGACUGGCUCGCAAUCGAGGACUUCGCAGAGGUCAUCAACGAGGCAGAUAGGACGUCGCCGUCGACCGAAGGCGAUAAUUCUGGUGCGCAGGGCGGAGAAAUGAACCAAAUUGCAACUACUAUCUCCUGGACAGACUACGUAAAAACGGCCGGGAACUACAUCAAUGAGCUGGCGUAUGACAGUGCACAACUCCGCCUCUCCCUCAUUUGUCAUGCAAAAACCCAAAUCCAGUUAUUUGUUGCUUUCUUGUGGCACUGUUUGCAUGACAAAUUCCGGAUGAAGCCCAAAGAGUACUACACUAAGCACACACAUUUGUCAUGCAGAGGCUCCACGUGUGGUGGUGUUUGUAUUGCUGUUCAUGGCAUCCAAAUGGGGGGGGGAGUUGUGCACUUUUAUAUGGCGAAGGAGUACUUACCGACACCGGCGGAUUUGACCUCCGAGCAGUUUUUUCUGCACCAACAGAGCGGCAGCUUUGACGCACACGUAACGACCACUUUUUCUACCCGCCCGUCGCAAGCAGGGGGAAGUGCAGCAGUAGGUCCGUCAGAUCGAUUAAACGUCCAGGAUGGUCGUGGACCACGAGGAGAGAACUACAGGAUAGAAAAGACAAAAUCCGUUUCCUCCGCCGGGGAUACAUAUACAACAAGCGCCGCGGAACAAACAUUAAAGCUCGGAAGGAAUCUGUCCACCGGGAGUGGCGUUAGCAAUCUGGGCGUUUCACGCUCCGCGACGCUGGUAAUAUUCAUUCAGAAGUACCCACGGGCCUUGCUAUUGCGACGGAAGUUUGCGCAGAGACAAGAAGGUUGUACUUCUAGUUCCACUGCUCAGCUGUCGAUGAAAAAUAAAGAUAGGACGACAAUUGGUGCCACCUCUGGUAAAUGUGUAGAAGCCGACGAGUCAAUGCAAGACGAUUCGUCAGUGGUGAUCGAGGCUGAGUCAUCCAGGAAAAAAACUGCGUAAGUGUAACUUUCUAUGGAGAGCAGCAUCACAAAUUCGUUUUGCAUUUUUACCGGGAACAAAGGAACCUGUCAUGCGCAGCCAGUAUUAGUGGAAACGCGGAUCAUGAAAGUCAAAGUAGCUUAUGACGCAAGUCCAGCAUGACAAGUGAUAACUGUUCUACAUAAUUCAGCAUCACAAAUUUACACUCGCUUAGUUUUUUUCUUGGAUAUGAGUGGCGCGAGGUUUCGAAGAAGGAGAACGUGGACGAAUUUUCCCCUCAGGUUCUAUCCUGUGCAAAAGUAUCGUACUCGUAUUGCAGUCAUGCAUUACGCAUUUUUUUCUCAAGGUAAAUCCGCAUUACUAAUUUUAUUUCUCAUGCUGAGGGAAUUUGUCAUGCAUUUAUACGAGUGCGAUACUUUUGCAGUUCAUAGAUUCUCCUCGAGGAUAACCUUAGCAAGCUGCUCGGAAAAGUGACCGAGACGCUCAAGGUGAAAAAGGGGUUCACGUUGCGCGACGUAUAGAAGUGCACAACUCCCCCUCCCCCUCAUUUGUAUUGCAUGAACAGCAAUACAAGCGCCAGCAAGAAUACAGAUUUCGCAUGACAAAUUUGGACAGGAUUGUAGUGCUAUUUGGGCUGCCAGAACUUGUCAUGCAAACAGUGCCGAGAGCCAAGGCGUAAAUUAGGUAUUUUGCAUGACAAAUGAGGGGGAGGGGGAGUUGUGCACUCUCAUACGACGAAGCUGAAGUCGCGAAGGAAGACGCAGCAGAGCUUGCGAAGGAACAGCCUAAAAAGCUGCUUGAGAAAAACAAAAAUAGUAGCGGGAGCACGAAGAUGAACAUGAACAUGAACGACACAACGAAAGCACCAGCAGAACUAUUAACUGCCGCGCAAUUUUCAGGAACCGCAAGCGUAACUUCGUCCACCGCAGUGACCACAGCAGCCUCGACAACGACCUCGACUACAGCAGCAGCAAGUGGGAUCUCCAACAGCGUGGGAGCAACGACGAAUCUUGCCGUUAGCUCUUCCUGCGCCAGCAGUGCAUCGGUUUUUGAGAGUGGAAAAGUGGUGCAGUUAGUGGGAACCGAGGGAAUCGACUGCGCGCGAAUAUUAUGCAUUGCAAAAGUAUCGUACUCGUAUAAAUGCAGUCAUGCAUUACAAAUUUCCUCAGCAUGAGAAAUAAAAUUUGUAAAUGCGGAUUUAGCUUCAGAAAAGUGCUGCAAUACGAGUACGGUACAACUUUUGCACAGGAUAAAUCUGGUUCCCGAGCAGCGCGGCGUCGCACAGCAGCAGUCGGGCGUUUUCUCUGUACAAUCCGCGUGUGGAGGUGAGCCGCAUUUGGUGCGCAGUCGACUGGACCUGCUGGGGCACGAUUCCGAAUCUGCGCGAAAUACACUUUUACGACAGCCAAGGAACGCAAACCCACGUGUACAAGCACGAAGACUGAUAGAUAAGGCGAACGUUUUAGAUAGAAGUUCAAGUGAGACCGAAACGCAGACAGAUGCACGAAACAAAAGCACGAAUAGCAGUACUGAAAGAGACCACGCCCCCGGGAAGCAGCGCUACUUUGGGAGCGGGAGGCAGCGCUUUGAUGUUGUGUAUGUGUUUAUAAGUUUUUGAUGUUCAAGUUCAUCUGGUGCUGCCGGUCGAUUUGCACCUGUCUCAUCUUCAAACAAUUUCUCGUCGCCCAAUUCGGUGGAUGAAGUGCUCUGAUGUGAAUACUUACUUCUGAG